UCUUAGCCCAAUAGUCUCUCUCGGUCAGCCGUACGAGUUAGAGCUCGCACUCCUGUAGUGGUUAUUUCAUUCAUCUUUUCCCAUAACAUUCACGAAAAUGGCUCCCAGCAGAUUUACCGGGAUUAAAAUUGCUCCACCUAUCGAGGUAUUUGCUGUCAUGAAGGCUUUCAAUGACAGCACCCACGAGAAGAAAGUGAACCUCAGCGUUGGAGCGUAUCGUACUGAUGAAGCCAAGCCAUGGGUCUUACCAGUUGUAAGAAAAGUAGAAGCAGAACUUGCGGCCGACAUGUCUCUCAAUCAUGAGUACCUGCCCAUUCUUGGCUUGGAAUCUUUUUCAGUUGCAGCUGCCAAGAUGUUGUUGGGUUCUGAUCACCAGACAAUUAAAGAUGGAAAGGUUACUUCCAUCCAAGUGUUGUCAGGAACUGGUGGCUUAAGAAUUGCUGCAGAAUUCUUGCACAGAGUUCUCAAUUAUGACACCUUUUACAUAUCUAAUCCAACUUGGGGUAACCAUAAAAUGAUCUUCAACCAGGCUGGGUUCACGAAUUGUGUUCAAUACCGGUACUGGAAGGCAGGGACUCGUGGUCUUGACUUUGAAGGCAUGAUAGAGGAUCUUAAGAAUGCCCCAGAAAAUUCAGUCAUCAUCCUUCAUGCUUGUGCACACAAUCCAACAGGAGUGGAUCCAACUGAGGACCAGUGGAAGCAGAUUGCCGAUGUUUGUGAGGAGAAGAAACUCUUCCCUCUCUUUGACUCUGCCUACCAAGGCUUUGCAUCUGGAGAUCUUGACAGAGAUGCUUGGGCUGUGCGCCAUUUUGCUGACAGAGGAUUUGAGAUGAUGGCUACACAGUCCUUUUCCAAAAACUUUGGUCUCUACAAUGAAAGGGUUGGCAACCUGAUGAUGAUUGUUAAUGACACCAGUAUGAUUGUUCCCAUGAGGUCUCAGCUGACAUUACUUGUUCGAGGUUCUUACUCCAAUCCUCCAAGUCAUGGUGCUCGCAUUGUUUCUGCUGUCUUGAACAAUGAAGCACUUUUUAAUGAAUGGAGAGAAUCCAUCAAAAUAAUGAGUGGAAGGAUUAUUGAGAUGCGCAAAGGACUGAGAGAACGCCUUGAGAAGCUUGGUACCGCUGGGACUUGGGAUCACAUCACAAAACAGAUUGGAAUGUUCUCAUUCACUGGUCUCACAGCGGAUCAGGCCAAGCAUCUGGCAGAUAAGUAUCACAUAUUCUUACUGUCAAGCGGUAGAAUCAAUAUGUGUGGACUGACUACAGGUAAUAUUGAUUAUGUUGCAGAUGCUAUUCAUGAUGCCGUAACCAAUGUCAAAUAAAACAUAAGUUUUAAUGGUUGUGACUCAUUGAAAAUCAGUGGUUGGAGGUUGUAGUGGUAAAGGAUUUUUACCAUUGAUUUGCUUUUCCAGUAUCGAUCAAACCAAGGGCUUGGGGAAAUUUGGAAGCUGGGUAACAGAUCAGUUUUCCAUUAUAGUAGUAAAUUGGGGAGAGUUAUUUGACUUCAAAAAAUGUAAUGUUACCUGAAAAAUAUGAGUAAACUGCAGUAGUUCAUACAUUGCUUAAAGGAGGCACUGGCUGUGUUUUAACAAUUAUUAGACACCGUUUGGGCAAAUGUUAACUUUAUUUCUGUAUAUAAUGUGCUCUAAUUUUAUAAGUUUGUUUAUAGAGGUAGACCCUGCAACACUUUCUCCUGAAAUUAAUACUCAAUUACUGCAAAGAAGGGUGUUUUCAAGUUAUGUAUAUGCCUACAGCAAAAUACUCAAAAAAAAUUAAGCAAAGGCAGAUUUGCUAAAUAAUUGGCAUCUUAUCGUGUCAAGUAAAAGGCAUUUUAUUACCAAAGUAUUUUUAAAAACUGGGUGUAGUAUAAAGAAAUAUUUAAGUCGUAAAAUUUGUUUCAAGAUCUGAAAUGACAUUUUAAUGAGAAUUUACUUAAGGCAUCAAAGAGUAAUAUAUUGUAGAGGAUUAUAAUAUUAUAUUGAAAUGGAAAUAUAUAUUUGUGGAUGAAAGCAAUACGUAUGAGUAGUUUUGUGUAAUUGUACAGUGUAUAGAAUGGUGCAACAUUGAGAAGUCAGUGAUCUGUGGAAAUUAAAGGAAUUCACUCAUGAUUUUGAUUGCCCCCUGAAGUUUUUUAGUUCCUUAAAAUUAUUCAAGACUUCAGGGAUUUUGAGUCUUAUUUUAUUUAUUAUAAAGGAUAGUAUUUUUAUAAAGAUCACAAUUUAUCAUACUGUUUUAUGGCAUUUUUAUAUAAAUGGCAUUACACAUUUUUAAUAUAAUCAGUCUUACAAAUUUGACUUGUUUGUGAAUCUGUUAAACUUUGUUGAACCUGUAUUUUAUGUACAGAUUAUCAUGAUUGUUAAUUUGCUAUAUAUGCAUUUGAUUGUAGAAUGUAGAUAGAAUAUUAUUAGAUAUUCUAGAGAAGAGUUAUGAUGUUGAUAAGAGUGAUGUAAAUGUUAGUGCCUGUGUGUUAAUAACAGAAGAUGAACCUUCAAAACACGGUUGAUUGUUGCACCUGUAAAUAUAGUUUUUGUUUCCAUUGUCACUAUUUUGUCAGGAGAGUAAAGAUCAUUAAAGCAUU